AUGUCGAUAGCGACCUACAUAGCUCCUUAUUUGUUUACAGUGCCGUUGGCAUUGCAGGCCUUCUGGCGACAUCCGUAUUACGUGAACAGCAAGGCGGCCAGCGCAGCACGGGCGUUCCUCAUGCCAGCGACAAUAUACUUCGCGUUGACAAGCAAUCGUGCUAGACACAUCGAGCCUCGCGACACAAACUUUCAUGUCAAUUUUUCAAUCUGUUCCUUCCUCACAGUGCAUGUUGUAUGUCUCGCCAUACAGCUUGGGCUCUCACAGGACCCACCCCUGCCAGUAUCUAAUGAGCUCGAACCCAAGGAAAAGAUGGGUGAAGAUAAUUCACACAAAUUGUCAGCAAGUAUCGACGUACAAUCAGCCCCUUCAUGGGGUGAACUUAUCAAGUUUACUGUUUGGUUUCUUACUAGCCCUCGGUUUGUUGGAACUACUUGGGCUCCCCCAAGUUCUGUUUUACCUCCUGCUCCUAAGCUUUCUAUGAGAGAUUUCUUUACAAAGACUAUGAAGAAUACUUUGAAGCAUCACUUCUUGUUUGUAUUAUGUUGGUUUGUGGGUGUAAUAAUUACACAGCAUCCGCAGGGAUCCUAUGGGUUUCUGACCCAAGAAUGUAGGUUACCUGAAGGUCGCUUGUUGAAGAUUUUAGCUCCAUACUUCAAUAGCAUACCUUUCGUGUUUGCUACAUGGCUUACCAUAGAAAAUGUGCGCAACGUGGCGACACUUAUAGAGCUAGCAGUAUACUACUUUGGUCCUCGGAUUUUACCGAAGACUCUUGCACCAGGCCCAUUCGAUAGCUCACUCUACCCACCCAUCUAUCCCGACCUUUGGGGGCAAUGCAGCAUAGCUCAGUUUUGGUCCAGAGGUAAAUUUGCAAGCUGUCGUCUAGGGUGGACGAGAAUAUCGGCUGACGAAUAUCGUGCGACGAUCAAAAUAGGCUGGCACGCUGCACUUCGUCGCGAUAUCAUCUUCUGUGUGGUUGUGAUAUCUUCUGCCCCAGCCCCGGAUCCAACCUGGGGUACUGCCAAAUUGUGGAUAUGCAGUUCGGUUGCAAUCGGUUUUGAGUAUUUGUUUACCAUGGUCACGGGAAAGAGAGUAGGUGGAGUUUUAGGCAAGGUAUGGACCUACAGUGUGCUAUUUAUUCUAUCACUGCAUACCGUCACUAAAUGCGGUAGGUUGAAGUAUGGAGGCGUAGCAUUGAAUACUGCUGUCACGGAUAUAGUGGUUGGUAUUAUCCAAAGGGUCUGA